AUGCAGCCAGUUUUUAGUCAACUAUGUUCCUGGAUGCUUCAGCUGCUACUUGUGUCAAACGUUCUCCUAUGAGAGAAUGUAUAUCCCAUGCCCAUGUGUCCUGACACGGAAGGAUACUAUGAGAUGUUCAUUGAAGAUCUCUUUGACCACGCUAUUGUCACGGCUCAAUAUACCUCAAACCUCACCAUGCAAAUGUCUGAGGAGUUUGAUAUGCAUUUUGCCCAUAGCCUUGGGUACAAAUCGAGGAACUCCAGCACCUGUCACACCACUUCACUUGCUGCUCCUGGAACCAAUGAACAAAUCCAACAGACACAUUCAGAUGUCCUUCUGAAGAUGAUGGUAAGCAUUUCACGAGCCUGGUACCACCCUCUGGAACAUCUUGUACAUGCAGUGAUUCUUGAAGGAAUCUGUGAGACCAUGCUGUUCAAAGUCAAAGAGGUGGAGGAAAAAAACCAAGAAAUUUUAGAAAAAAUCAAGGCAAUCCUUGUUAGGGUUUAUCCUGGAGCUGAAGAAAAUGUCUACCCUGUUUGGAUGGGACUGGCAGAUGUGAGGUCUGCCAAUGAAGGUACUCGCCACUUUGCUCUUAGUAAUCUACUCCACUGCCUGGACAGUGAUACUGACAAAGUUGCCACAUACCUUGAGGCCCUGAAGUGCCGUAUCAUUCAUAACAAUGACUGCUAGCACAUCCAUCUACCUACUACUGGUAUGGUCCUUGGUAAUCCAGAUCAUCAAUGCUUUCUUUCUUUAGUUUUUAUCUUUUCCAUGCACAUAUGUGUAUAAUGAAUUGUUCCUUAAAAAAUAAAAACAGAUUCUUUAGAAA